AUGAAAAUAAAUAAGAAACUAAAUAAUUAUCUUUUAUCGAUAGUUUUCGAAGAACCAUGUGAUGGAUCGAUUGGUCGAAUAUUAUUUAACAAAAAGCUCUUAUCAUUACAUACGAUUAAGAUUGAAUUAUUAUAUGGCCUUUCAUUAUAUCACUCCUUAAGAUCUCAUGAAAAUCUUCGUCAUGUGGAAAUUAUUUUAAGAACAAUCGACGAUUUAUAUAUAUUACUCGAUGGACUUAUACCAAAUGUUCAAUCAUUAAUUGUUCAUUUAACUCAAACACGUAUUUUGAUAUGUCUUCAUUCACCAAGUAAAUUAUCAUGUCCUCAACUAACUGAAUUUGCUCUAUUCGAAUCUUGUGUUGGAUCAGUUAUUGAUAAUCUUAAAUGUAUUUUUAUUUCAAUGUCAAAUAUAAUUAAAUUAACAUUAAGUAUUCGUGAUACAUUUGAUUCACAAUUUUGUCAUGGUCCUACAAUGGAAUUGAUAUUA